UUUAUAAGUUUUUAUAAAAAAUACAUGAAAAAUUAACUAACUAAAUUACAAAAACAAAAAUAAUAUCAUCGCAAGUUUGCACUUUACAUUUGAAGCGUAUAAAAGAAGUAACACAAAAUGAGUUCACUUUCGUUUAUGGAUAUGUUAAAGCUGACCUUUAAGGCUCUCGAAUUUAGAUAUGAGCAAAGUAAACACACAACCAAUAUCUAUGAGGUGGCCAAGACCACCAAAGGUGAUGUGAAAGGUGUUAAGCGUCUCACAAUUUGGGGUGAUUCAUACUUCAGUUUCGAGCGUAUACCAUAUGCUAAGCCGCCUUUGGGAGAAUUGCGUUUUCGUGCCCCCGUACCAGCAGAGCCUUGGAAAGGUGUUUUAGAUGGCACUGGUCCUGCAGAGAAGCCGCUGCAAACAAAUGUUAUAUUUCGAAAAUAUAAAGGAUCAGAAGAUUGUCUAUACCUGAAUGUAUUCACAAAAAACAUAACUCCUGAGAAACCCCGCCCCGUAAUGGCUUGGAUUUAUGGCGGUGGUUUUCAAAUUGGCGAGGCGACACGUGACAUGUACAGUCCCGAUUAUUUUAUGCACAAAGACAUUGUACUAGUGACACUAGCAUACCGUUUGGGACCCUUUGGGUUUCUGCGCUUGGAUGAUCCUAAUUUGAAUGUACCAGGCAAUGCGGGAAUAAAAGACCAAAUUCUUGCGCUACGAUGGGUGAAGGAAAAUAUCACCGCUUUUGGUGGUGACCCAAACAAUGUAACUAUUUUCGGCGAAAGCGCAGGCGGUGCUUCGACACAUAUAUGUAUGCUCAGCGAGCAAUCAAAAGGAUUGAUACACAAAGGCAUUGUCAUGUCCGGCAGCGCGUUAUGUCCUUGGGCGAAUUUACCCAAUAAACGAUGGGCAUAUCGUUUAGCUAAAGCAUUGGGCUACCAAGGGGAAGAUGAAGAUGCGGAUGUUUAUAAAUUUUUAUUAAAUACGAAGGGUCCAGAGCUUGUGCGCGGCAAUGGUAUGGUGUUGACAAAGGAUGAAAAACAUAAUAGAAUACCAUUUGCGUUUGUUCCAACUGUGGAGCCAUAUUGGACGGAGCAAUGCAUUUUAAGCGAACAUCCAUAUGAGUUAUUGAAGAAGACAUGGAGCAAUGACAUACCAAUGAUUAUGGGUGGCUGCAGCUUUGAGGGUUUAAUAUUUUAUCCAGAAGUCACACGACGACCGGCAACAUUAGACGAAGUGAAGAAUUGCAAAAAUCUGCUACCACCAGAUGCUGGUCUUCAGGACGACUCGGCCAAGGCUGAAGCGUGUGGUCUCAAACUCAAAGACAUACAUUUUGGUAAUGAGGAAUGUUCGCGUAAGACCAUGAUGCAAUUUCUGGAUCUAAACUCAUACCGCGAUUUUUGGCUACCCAUCUACCGCACGUUACUAGCGCGCCAACGUCAUAGCUCAGCGCCCACCUACGUCUAUCGCUUCGAUUAUGACUCUCGUGAUGGCAAUGCCAUUCGUAAUAUUUUAUGUGGUCGCGAUGUCCGUGGCACCUGUCACGGUGAUGAUAUCUGUUAUCUGUUCUAUGCUCUAUUUUCCCACAGACCGCUCAAGGGCUCGAAAGAGUAUGAGAUAACACGCACCAUGGUGGAUAUUUGGACUAGCUUUGCAGCGAAUAGUGACCCUAAUUGUGAUGCGUUGGAAAAUUUAAUAUUCGAGCCGAUCACACGUGAUGUCGGUGAAAUCAAAUGCUUAAAUGUUGGCGAGGAAUUGGAAUUUAUUGAGCUGCCCAAUAUGGACAAGAUAAAAGUGUGGAGCGGAUUCUAUCCGCCUGGCAAAUUAUAAAGCGGUUGGUAACAGUGCUGUUCUUCUUCAGCCGAGUGUUUGUCUACCUCAAUGUUGUUAAUUAUUUUGUUGAUUUGAUUUCAAUUCUAGUAUUGUUUAUAUCACACAUAUGCAUUCAUACUUAUGUAUGUAUAUAACUUUAAAUGUGUCAAACACCUAGGUUGAAUGUCUUAAAAUGAAAGUCAUAUAUAUUUAAAUAUUAAGGGUUAAUGUGGAUACAUAUUCAUAAAU